GCUGGCGCUGCGCUUCCACCCGGACAAGAACCCGGACGAGGGGCGACAAGUUUAAGCUGAUAGCGCAGGCGUACGAAGUGCUCUCGGAUCCAAAGAAAAGGGCGAUCUAUGACCAGGGCGGGGAGCAGGCCAUCAAGGAGGGGGCUCCGGGAGCCCCGGCUUCUCCUCCCCCAUGGACAUCUUCGACAUGUUCUUCGGCGGUGGGGGCCGCAUGGCCCGAGAGCGGCGAGGCAAGAAUGUCGUGCAUCAGCUGUCUGUAACUCUGGAAGAUUUGUAUAACGGAGUCACAAAGAAACUGGCAUUGCAGAAGAACGUGAUUUGUGAGAAGGUGAAGGGCGUCGGCGGGAAGAAGGGCUCGGUGGAGAAGUGCCCGCUGUGCAAGGGGCGCGGCAUGCAGGUCCACGUGCAGCAGAUCGGGCCGGGCGUGGUGCAGCAGAUCCAGACGGUGUGCCUCGAGUGCAAGGGCCAGGGCGAGCGCGUCAGCCCCAAGGACCGCUGCGAGGCCUGCGGCGGGGCCAGGGUGACGCGCCACAAGAGGACGGUGGAGGUGCACGUGGAGAAGGGUGACAUGAAAGACGGGCAGAAGAUCCUCUUCCACGGCGAGGGGGACCAGGAGCCCGAGCUGGAGCCCGGCGACGUCAUCAUCGCUGAUCAGAAGGACCACGGCGUCUUCCAGAGGCGAGGCCACGACUUGAUCAUGAAAAUGAAGAUCCAGCUCUCCGAAGCUCUGUGUGGCUUCAAGAAGACCAUCAAAACGCUGGACGAUCGGGUCCUCGUGAUCACGAGCACCAGCCGGGAGGUGGUGAAGCAUGGGGACCUGAGGUGUGUCCGCAACGAAGGGAUGCCCGUCUACAAAGCCCCCCUCGAGCGGGGCGCCCUCAUGCAGUUCCUCGUGGUCUUCCCCGAGCAGCAGUGGCUGCCCCUGGAGAAGCUCCCGCAGCUCGAGGCGCUGCUCCCCCCGCCGCGGCAGAAGGUGCGCAUCACCGAGGACAUGGACCAGGCCGAGCUGCAGGAGUUCAGCCCCGGCGAGCAGGGCUGGCGGCCGCACCGCGAGGCCUACGAGGAGGACGAGGACGGGCCGCGCGCGGGCGUCCAGUGCCAGACGGCCUGAGCCCCGCGC